AUGAUUGCGAUUGUCAUAGCAUAUGGUUUGGGCACCGCACUUAUCACCAUCUUUUUCUGCAAUCCGAUCGAGGCGAACUGGAAGUAUUGGCUACCGAAAAAUUGCCCAUCGCCCAAGCCGUUUCUCUUCAGCGUCGUCAUUAUCAACACAGUACUAGACGUCGUUAUCCUUAUUUCUCCACAGCCACUAGUAUGGCGUUUGCAGAUGGGCCGGAAACGCAAGAUGCUUGUGUCGUCUCUCCUUAUGGUUGGUGCCUUGGCUUGCGUAAUGAGCGUUCUACGCUUUGUUGCGCUGCUACAGAUCAUUCAGCAUGAUAUGCCCUAUUCCGCAACAAAGGCUCAAGCCUGGUCUCUGUUCGAGUUACAUACAUCCAUAUAUUGUGCAUGUAUGCCGAUGAUCCCGAAUCUCUUUCGCCACUGGAGGGGCGAACGUUUGCCCGAUAAUUCCGGCAUGUCGGGAUCGUCUGAGAUUUAUGUUGGACGUCCACGUCGCACUUCGAUGUCGAUUUUACAAGACUCUACUGAUGGAUUAUAUACUAAUGUUGAGCUCGAGGAUCAGAGAGGUCUGCACGACGAGGCUAAGGGUUUCUCGGUACGAGUUCAGACUGAUAUACAGACUCAGUGGGAAGCGACAUCCUCCAGAACACAGCGUGAAUCCGUUUGA